UUUCCCAAAUGGUUUGCCUUUUAAUGUGUUUUAUAUGUAAAAUGCUUAUGCAGAUGACUUUCUCUUUUCUAGUUCCCUCCUUUACCUCUAUGUUUAGAAACGCUUUUCUACUCUAAGAUCAGGAAGUAUUUACCCAUCCUCCUUCUCCUCCCUUCUAUUUCACCCACGUUUUUAAAGCCUCAGGGCCAGUGGUAUUCUCCUGGGCUUGUAACUCACUGAGCGGACAAGACUUCAAUGACGUAACACAGGCUUAUUCUAUGAGAAUAAGGGGCUCCCUCUCAAUAUGGCUUACAGCUUGGAAUCCUCGGUCAUGGAUUGUGUUUCCUGCCAAAUUAUCCAUUUAUGUCUUCCCCAUUCAGCCACCUAACAGCUGUCCCUUUAUUGUUUAGGUAUCCUGGGACCCCGAUGGCAAAUUUCAAGGGCCACGCUCUCCCAGGGAGCUUCUUCUUGAUAGUUGGACUGUGGUGGUCAGUGAAGUACCCACUGAAGUACUUUCACCAAAAGGGGAAGAGCAGCCGACUGACUCACCACUAUCAGCGUCUUGAGGUCAUUGAGGCCGCCGUCAGAACUUUAUUUUCAGUUGUCGGCAUGCUGGCAGAGCAGUUUGUUCCAGACGGGCCCCACCUCCACCUGUCCCAAGACGACCACUGGGUAAAGCUCAUGAACUGGCAGCACAGCACCAUGUACCUGUUCUUUGGGGUCUCGGGACUCGUGGACAUGCUGACCUACCUCAUCACCCACAUCCCCUUGGGGCUGGACAGACUGGUCAUGGCUGUGGCAGUUUCCAAUGAAGGCUUCCUCUUGUACCACCAUGUCCACCACCGGCCACCGCUGGACCAGCACAUCCACUCGCUCCUGCUGUGUGCCGUGUUCGCAGGGGCUGUCAGCCUCACCUUGGAAGUGAUCCUCCGGGACAACAUCGUGCUGGAACUCUUCCGUACCAGCCUCGUUAUCCUUCAGGGCACCUGGUUCUGGCAGAUCGGGUUUGUGCUGUUCCCGCUUUUUGGAGCACCCGAAUGGGACCAGAAAGAUGACGCCAACAUCAUGUUCAUCACCAUGUGCUUCUGCUGGCACUACUUGGCCGCCCUCUGCAUUGUGGCCAUCAGCUACUCGCUGGUUUACUGCUUCCUGACACAGGUAAAGAGGCCUGGAGACGGAGAAAUCACUGGGAUUCAGAAGCUGAAGUCAGAUCACACCUACCAGAAGGCCCUCCUGAGCGGCUCUGAUGAGGACUAGGGGUGGCUGUCGAUCACCAACGGAGGAUGGAGUGUCCUCUGGGUGCACAGCUGGUGGUCAAUGGGGUAGCUCACUUCCUCCACUGAAACCUUUAUUGUGAUCCACUCUCAAGGGUCUGUAUAUUUGCACCUGCUCAUUUAACCAACUAAAGUCUGUGCUGGUAUGGUAUACUUUGUAGAGAAAAACGAAGCAAGUCUUUGUUUGUGUCUCAGUGUGAAGAGAACUCAGACUCUGAAAGCUUCAGAACAGGAAGUGACCUCAUGGGUGAAUUCAGGAUUUGAAUCCAGCAGAAUUUACUGCUUUUGAUAAUUUAGCCCUUUUUCCCUCAAGAAGGCAGGUACUUUCUUAUCAGAAAGUGAAUGACA